GACCAUCACUAACGUAACGGCAUAACGGUGCUUUUCCCGCCCAGGGAAGUGUGGAUUGGAAUUUGUUCAUUUCUUGCUGUUUUUUUUUUUUUGUUUCCCAAAAUAGAGGAUGAGUUCGGAGAGCCGGAACCUUCCAUUGGAGCACCUAGUGGAAUGUUUGGACAACCUGCUGGCCAAGAAGUCGCCUGGCGAUCAGCUGGGGGAGCUCGCGCAAAAGUCGCCCGCGCCAUGUUUGCCCGGCGACUGCGCGUCUGACAAUUCCUGCACCGAUGUGGCGAGCGAAACCCUAUCCGCAGUCCUCCACAUCAGGGAGAUGGACUCCUCCGAUGCGAAGACACCUCUGGGAAACGGGCACCGCAACAAGGCCGUGUCCUACCAGGACAUCCACUCCGCCUACACUAAGCGACGCUACCAGCAUGUGACCAGCAAGGUGGGCAAGUACAUAGCCGACAUCCAUGCCGAGGAUCAGGCGCGUCGCACAAGUGUCGCCAGUUUUGACCGGCAUGCCUCCAUGCCCGAGUCCCUGAACCCCAACUCCUUCAGCCCAGGCGAGCUGUACAAGAAGGACGAUUCGCUGACCGUCACCAGGGAGAAAGGUGACGCCUCCAACGAUCUGAGCUAUGAUCGCCUGAUGGAGGAGCUGAAGGCACUGCAUCAGGAGCAGGAACGCCAGCACUCCUACAACAACUAUCUGCAGGGAAAGCUCGACAAGAAGGUGAUGGAAACGAUGCAGCUGAAGAUGAACUUUGAGGUUCUGCGAACGGAGCUGACCGACUGCAAGAAGAAGCUGAACCGCUUUCAGGGGAACUCACUGCGAUCGCUCAACUGGUCGCCGGCGGCCACAACAAAGGCCACCCAAACGGACAGCCACAAGGAGCCAGUUACCUCCACAUCCUCGCCAGACUCCACUAUGAUUGAGAACUCAUCGUAUAACAACAGCGAUGCGUCCAACAUGCUGGCCAAGUACAACCCAGACGCAGGGCUACUUAAUUCUAUAGAAAGAAACAAUCAGGCUGCUAUAUCGGAGGACCUGACGUACGAGAGCUUCCGGGGCGUCGCAAGAGGCGGCGAGGUGAGCAGCAGCUCCAGGUCCGGCCUGGCACUGAACUCGCUGGAGAUCCUCAACUCGAGCGGCAAUGACUCCAUUGUCGAGGUGGACGCUUCUAUGUUUCCGUACCAUGCCCAGGACUGGCGCCAUCGCCGUCAUGCCGAAGCGGUCUACUAUUUCGAUAGGCGCCAGAAUCGGAUUAUAGAAGUGAUGGCCAUCAACCUGAGCCAGUUGAACAGCCGCAGCCAGAGUCUCGGACACAGUCAGGGGGAGGGGCAUCCAGUUACCGACUCCCAGUCGGUCAUCCAGUUCCCCACAAAGCAGCAGCGAUCGCUGGCCAGUCGCAUGAUGAAUUUUCUGGGACCGUGUGUCCGAUGCAGUGCAUCCGAUGAAUCCAUCUCAGCUGAAAUGAAAUCACGUCCCAAGGGCCUACCCAUUCCGGAGGACGAAGACACCUCCUUGAAGAAGACUAAUCGUCGCUAAAAUCCACAUAUUUCUGUUUCUAUUAUGUAUUAUCUGUUUAUUUUAUUUUUCCCUUUGUUUCUCCAUUCUCGCGUUUGAAGUAUUUGAAAAUACUAUAAAGAAUUAUUUAAGUACCGAGCUGGGCUAGCUGGAUUAGGCCGAGCUUUUAUUUUAUUUGUUUAUUUUUGUUCCUCAUAUGUUGAAUAGUUUCUUAUAUGUAUCCAUGUACAUUUCUUUCAAGAAAUCUCAAUAAUAAAGUUUAUAAAUUAAA